UUGCAACCGACUGGAGGCUUCCCUUCAGGUAACACAGUCAUCUCAUAGGCCUGAUUUUUCUCCAAGGCUGCCAUUUCUUGUUCCAUGGCUAGUCUUCACAAUGGAUGUUUAAGUGCCAUAUGUCAACCUUUUUUGUGGGAAUAGAAACAAAAGGGAGAGAUGUAAGAUGGAGAAAGUCUCUGAUGGGACAAAAACUGUGCAACAGGUUGAGUUGAUAGAGUGGAAUGAAUGGCGGAACAGGAUUCAUGUACUGACCCCAACUAGUUGAGAUAAGGCUUAGAUGAUCAUGAUGAGAAAUGGGCCCUUUUCUGUUUGCUCACUGCAUUAUUUUAUGUAGUGAAUUUGGAUGUCGUUUUAGACUUGACUUCUUUCAACAGGUCAUUUUUAAACCACGUAUGUUAAAGAUAGUCCAAUCAUUGGGAUUCUUUGGGCUAUAUGGUUCAUCUACAUGGUGGCCCACUAGAUUACCUGUUCUGAUCACCCUUGACAUGUAUCAGUGUGAGAGAGAUGUGCCACUUAGUUUGAAUGCUUUGGUUUCUGCAGUUGUUCUCUGCAGCUGUUAUUUUCUUAUAUAUUGGUUUGAUUUGCUGUGAUUUUUGCAGAAUGGCGAGAUUUCCACUCCAAGAUCUAUGGGACGUAUGGAUCUUGCUCUUCACAAAGAAGACAGCUUUGGCCUCGGGAAAGAAAUUACAGUCCUCCGUUAUUUAUGAAGGAAUGCGUAUUCCUUGUCGAUUUUUGGGUUGUUGCAUGGAUCUUCUACUCAUGGUGAUGCUUACACUUUGGAAUCUCUUCAGUUCACAAGUUUCUACACCAAAAAUGAUGCCCUGCCCACAAACACUCAUGUUUGGAUUUCAAAACAUACUACUUUUGGCACCAACUCAGCCCUGAUUCGGGAAGACUCAUCGAGUUGAUUCUAUAACUCGAUCGACUCGACACAACUCACGGAGACUCAGGCUGAGUCACUCGCCAUACAUGGAGCGUGGAAAUUGAACCCGCGACUGCUGUUAUCAUUCACAUGCUCUCCAUGAGCAGUCUAAUUAUGUCUUUGCUUUCUUAUUUUAAAUUUUUUAAUACACGUGUAAUUAUUUUAAAUAUUCAUUACCAUUCCUAGAAUUUUUUAUUUUUAUUUAUUACCUUUCGAGUCAAGUCGGGUCAAGUCUUCGACUUGAUCCAACCUGGAUGAAUAUUGAAUCGAGUCGAGCUUUCAGACUUUUAAACUAUGAUUUUGACAGGAUUUU